AUGUCAGAAUACACUAAAUUGAUGAAGGACCUCAUGAUAAAUAAAAGAAGAUUCAGCUAUGAUCCUGGGGAUAACCUUCAUCAUUAUAGCACUAUUGCUACUAGAUCACUAGUGCAGAAAAAAACUGAUCCGGGAGCAUUUACUGUUCCUUAUACUAUCAGAGCAUUUAACUUUGCAAAAGAUCUUUGUGAUCUUGGAGCAAGCAUCAACCUGAUUCCUUUUGUGGUCUUUAAAUAUUUAGUUUUAGGAUAUCCUAUGCCUACUAAUAUAUGGUUUCUGAUGGCAGAUAGGUCAAUGAAGAAAUCGGUAGAAAUUCUGUAUGAUGUACUUGUGAAUGUAGAUAGCUUCAUAUUUUUGGUAGAUUUUAGAAUUCUUGAUUGUGAAGUGGAUUUUGAAGUAACUAUAAUCUUAGGUAGGCUAUUUUUAUCGACUAGAAGAGUACUAAUUGAUUUGGAUUUUAAUGAGCUAAAAUUUAGGCUCAAUGAUGAAGAAGUCAGCUUUGAUAUAUGCCAAUCUAUGAGGCCACAGAAGGAAAUGAGUGUUGUUCCAUUCAUUGAUGUUUUAUAUGAUGAUGAUAUGGAGGUAUCAAUUGAGGAAAUGUUUGUUGUGGAGACUUUAGCUAUAGUUUAG